AUGGCGGUGAGGAACCCGCUGCAUGCCGAUCAGGUCUUGAGACACAGCUUGGAGAAAGAGCUCGAUCAAUGGUGCUUCCAGCAACUAGGCAUCUCCAAGCAUGCAUCCCUGGAAGCCUUGCGGACGCCCAAGGAGGCGGCCCUUCCCCAUGUGCCCGCCGUGGGUCAGGAUGUUGUUAUCCAAGGAUCCCGGCGGAGGCCAGAGCUCAACGGCCUCAGGGCCGAGGUCUUAGAUGACAGUGUGGACAAGGCGGGGCGAGUGACCAUCCGCGUCUUCCGCCCCGGUGACCUGAAUCGCGAGGGCAAGGGCUCGCGAAGGAUGCAGAUCCGCGCUGCGCACCUGGCAUCGCGGCGAUCCGCGCCUUCUUUGUCAACAGCUGGUGCAUCCGCAGCCUACGUCGGGUCUCAGGCUCCUGCCAGCCGGCCAUGA